ACGGUAGCAUCUUUCAGAACAGUCCCCAAUUUCUGACCACGUGCUAUUUCUGCCCCUGCUACGGGCUCCUGGUGAGCCACGUGGCGGCAUAGAAACUCCAGCCUCAUCGCAACCCGAAAAUCUUCGAUCAAUCCGCUUAAUCGCCUUGUUCAUUACCACCUCUCUCUCUCUCUCUCUCUCUCUCUCUCUCUCUCUCUCUCUCUCUCUCUCUCUGUGUGAGAGCUUGCGUGCUGGCUCGCCGAGGACAAUCAUGACCCAGGCGUGUAUCGCACCAAGCGUUGGGACUGGGUUACCUACGGGGCUAUGGAGAAACACUUGCCAGCCAGCAGGUUGCGCUCAUGUGCGCCAGAGGCAUUUACUGAAGUGGCACAGCGCGCGGGAGGCGGGGACGAUCGCGGAGAAGAUGACGACGACGACGACGACGACGACGACGGCUUGGGAGAUUCCCGGUCGACGGCGAUGGUGUCCUCCGCCACCAUCGCCGAAGCUUCGUCAUCGCGGAGGAGCUUCCUCCACAGCCACCAGCGCAAGACGAAGAUCGUCCAUCCUGAUCGGGGGCGGCGCUUCCAAGAGUGAAGGGACAAGUUGCGCGAGGGAAGGGGUAAAAGUGCUAAAUCUUCGGCGGAAUCUUGGGCGCUCGUUCCGUAGAUCUGACGGCCCUAGAUCCCCCCCCAAUGGAGAACGUUGUGUCAUUUACGAUCCGAUUUGGCCUUCUCUUCUUGAGGGGGGCAGUGAUCGCAAGGGGGGUGGGUGGUUGUCUCAAUGCGCUUGCGCUGCCCUGUGGCCUCGUCGUCCUCGACGGAAGGUAAUUAUUAACUCAUUAGUACAUGCGAUGUCUCCACCCUCUCCUUCGCUUAUCAAUCAAGCAGCUGCGCUCCGGCUUUGCCGGCUUUGCCGACGGUGUGACGAUGGACUUGGGGUUCGACCAGCGAUCUUGGGGUCCUCCCGUGCCACAGGGGCGAAGCAUAGUGCAAGAGGCCGGCUAUGGCGCCCGAGCGGUGGAAUUGACUCUUCGAGAGCAUCCUGGCCGACAUGGAAGUCGAAGGAGAAGGGGAAGGGGAAGAAAAGGGGGGGGGAGGGGAAGGAGGUGCAUUGCGGCGGGAUUGGCGGCGCCGCCGACGCCACACGCACUGUGUCUUGUUGCGCGGGAAAGCUGAGAGGAGAGAGUUUCCCGCCACAGGUUUCCCGCCCAAGUUUCCCGCCGGCAUCUGCUGCUGCCCCCGCCGGGGGGAAGGAAUUGGCCCCGCUGAAAGGGCGGGAAAGUUUUCCCGUCAAAACCGAUCUUCCUCCUCCUUAUCCAGCAGAUCAGGAUGCCGACCCCACCGGCAGGUCGCCCGCGGGUUCGCACGGUCUCUCCUCGCCGCCGCCGCCGCCGCCGCCGCAGAUCGGCCGACGCUUGUCCCUCCUCAUCCCCACCGUCUCUUUGGGCAUUGGCGCGCUUCUCUGCCAGCUGUCAAUUCCUCCGGCUUCGGACGCUGCUGACGUGGCAAGCGCUGUCAUCGACCUCUCAAAGGAGCCAACGGCUAGUAUGUUCGAUCCCAGCGCAGAUCCGAGAUUACGCGACGCAGCGGAUAUCUUCGGCCAAGCUAUGUCCGCAUCCACGGUAAAAGAAGAAGAGAGGCUGUGGACUGUGAUUAUAGAUCGGUACGGCGACCUUGAGACGGACUGGACGCCAGAUAUUUUGUCAAGAGCUUGGGGCAACAGAGGAAAUGCUCGGUCUCGACAGGGAAAGCUUAAUGAAGCAUUAGAAGACUACACGAAGUCUAUUCAACUUGCACCGUAUGCCAUCGACCCCGUCCUCAAUCGUGGUGUUGUAUUAGAGUCCUUGGGGCGGUACGAGGAAGCUGCCAUGGAUUAUAAGGCGGUGCUUGAUGCUGACCCACGUGAUCCAGCAGCGUGGAAUAAUCUCGGGAAUGUCAUGGGUGCUCUUGGGAAGUGGGAUGACGCUGUAGUAGACUACAAGACAGCAUGGCAGCUGGCGCCAGAAUUCUCUUUCGCAGCUGCAAAUUAUGGACUGGCUCUCUACGAGGUAGGCCAAAAAGCGGCAGCGAUUCGGCAGUUUCGCUCAUUGCUCCGGCGCUAUCCAGAGUUUCCAGACGUGAGGGCAGCUUUGGCGGUCUCUCUAUAUGCAGAUGGUCUGACUGGGGAGGCUGAGACCAACUGGGGGAGGAUGGAGCGAAUGGCUGAAAAAGUGCAGAAGUAGAUAGCGAAGGAGUCGAUUAAGGGAAGAAAUUUAAAGUGGAAGAAGAGGAUAAAUGGUAGCCCACAGG